AUGGCUGAGACCGUUCCGUUGGAAAAAAGCGAAAAAUGGGCACAGCUGCCGGCCAAGGAGAGGACCACAGACAGGGGCUACUGCGUGUACAACGUGUACACAGCUGCACUGCCAAGGGGCAAGCCUGUCGUUGUCUCCUCGGGACUAAUAUUCCCCGAACUCAAGGAAAGGGCAGUCCUGAUUCUAGGACAUCCGCCAACCAAUCUAAAUCGAAAUGUGGAGACAAGAAGCAGAAUCAUUGGUGCUGGGGACCUGUCUUUUACGUGUGUGAACUUCGGGGAGAACGACAUCGAGCUCGACCCGCUCACAAGGAUUACCAAGUUUGUCGUGUUGAGGGUAGCACAAGACGAGCCUGUCGUGUGUGAAGAGCUUGACGAAACCGAGAGGGGACAUAACGGCUUUGGAUCUACCGGGCUGAAGUGA